AACUUUACAAGUGUAAUUACCACAAUGCCCCUACAAUAAUAUAAAAUACAAGCCCGCAUCUCUGAAAACAAUGGGUGCCCAUCUUUUGUAUAUGGAGAGGGUUGAAGAAGAAUCAGCAGCUGUUAUGGAAGACACAUCCAACUCUCUUCUCCGUAACACGUGCUGCUGUUUUAAUUUCCCGUGUUUCAAAUCUCGUCAAUCCUCCACUGCCGGAUUGCCUUGGUGGAAUCGAAUCCAAUCACAGAACCGCUGGUGGACCCCAGCAGUCACCGCCUUUCGAAGAGUCCGAGAGUGGUCGGAGAUCGUGGCCGGGCCUAAGUGGAAGACUUUCAUCAGAAGAUUCAACAGAAAUAAAAGUAAUAAUGCUCACGGGAAAUUCCAAUACGACCCUCUGAGUUACUCCCUCAACUUCGAAGAGAACUGUAAUUUGGACCACGAUAAUGAUUUCAGCGGCUUCCGGGAUUUCUCGACCAAGUACGCUCCAUGUAAGUCGUCAUCGACGGCAGCGACGCCGUUAGUGGGCGUUCGAGGGAGGGACGUGGCGGCGUUGGCGUGAAAAUCCGCGUGAGUUAAAGGAAUGAGCUGUAGCUUGGUUGCGGCGCUAAGGUGGAGCGAUUUUAUUUGUUACUUUAGUGGUGGCAAAUUAAUUAAUUAAAAAUUAUUAGUGGUGUAAAGAUAAAUAAUAAUGCGAUUGCGUGUAUCUGUGUAUGGUGGUGUUUGAUAUAUUUUUAUUUUUUGUAUGUAUCUUCUAGGAAGGGAGAUAUUUUUUUUUAUUCCAUCUCGUGAGAGUUAAGGUUAAUGAUUUCUUAUUCAUAAAAUUGAAGCUUCGUCGUAUUA